AUGGAGGAACUGGUGGGGCUGUGUGAAGGCUCCUCCGGGAAGCCGGUGACUCUGCAAGAGCUGUGGGGUCCAUGUCCACGCAUCCGCCGGGGCGUCAGAGGGGGCCUGGAGUGGCUGAAAAAGCGCCUGUUCCGCGUGGGUGAGGACUGGUACUUCCUGAUGGCCCUCGGGGUGCUCAUGGCUCUCAUCAGCUACGCCAUGAACUUCGCUAUCGGGCGUGUGGUCAGAGCGCACAAAUGGCUGUACAGGGAAGUUGGGGACGGCCACCUGCUCCGGUAUCUCUCCUGGACUGUGUACCCUGUGGCCCUCCUGUCCUUCUCCUCCGGCUUCUCACAGAGCAUCACGCCCUUCUCUGGAGGGUCUGGACUCCCAGAGCUGAAGACCAUGCUGUCCGGUGUGGUCCUGGAGGAUUACCUAGACAUCAAGAACUUUGGGGCGAAGGUGGUGGGCCUCUCCUGCACCCUGGCAACAGGCAGUACCAUAUUCCUAGGCAAAGUGGGCCCCUUCGUGCACCUGAGUGUGAUGAUUGCUGCUUACCUGGGCCGUGUGCGCACUAAGACCAUCGGGGAAUCUGAGAACAAGGCCAAGGAAAUUGAAAUGCUGGCGGCUGCAGCUGCGGUGGGCGUGGCCACAGUCUUCGCAGCCCCCUUCAGUGGUGUUCUGUUCAGCAUUGAGGUCAUGUCCUCUCACUUCUCCGUCUGGAAUUACUGGAGGGGCUUCUUCGCUGCCACCUGCGGGGCCUUCAUGUUCCGCCUCCUGGCGGUCUUCAACAGUGAGCAGGAGACCAUCACCUCCAUCUACAAGACCAGUUUCCGAGUAGAUGUACCCUUUGACCUGCCUGAAAUCUUCUUCUUUGUGGCCCUGGGGGCCAUCUGCGGUGUCCUGAGCUGCGCCUACCUAUUCUGUCAGCGGAAUUUUCUCCGCUUCAUCAAGACAAAUCCGUAUACCUCCAAACUGCUGGCUACCAGCAAGCCCUUGUACGCAGCUCUGGCCUCCCUGAUCCUGGCCUCCAUCACCUAUCCGCCUGGUGUGGGCCGCUUCAUGGCUUCCCGGCUGUCCAUGGCGGAGCAUUUGCACUCUCUGUUUGACAACAACUCGUGGGCAUUGAUGACCCGGAACUCAUCCCCACCCUGGCCAGAGGAGCCAGAUCCCCAGAACCUGUGGUUUGAAUGGUACCACCCACAGUUCACCAUCUUUGGGACUCUGGCCUUCUUCCUGGUCAUGAAGUUCUGGAUGCUGAUUCUGGCCACCACGAUACCCAUGCCUGCUGGGUACUUCAUGCCCAUAUUCAUCAUUGGAGCUGCCAUCGGGCGCCUCUUAGGAGAGGCCCUGUCUAUCGCCUUCCCAGAGGGCAUCGUGGCUGGAGGUGAGAUCAACCCCAUCAUGCCUGGAGGCUAUGCUCUGGCAGGUGCUGCUGCCUUCUCGGGGGCAGUGACCCACACCAUCUCCACGGCGCUGUUGGCCUUUGAGCUGACUGGCCAGAUUGUUCAUGCUCUGCCCGUGCUGAUGGCAGUGCUGGCGGCCAACGCUGUCUCCCAGAACUGUCAGCCCUCUUUCUAUGAUGGUACCAUCAUGGCCAAGAAACUGCCAUACCUGCCAUGGAUUCGUGGCCGCAAGAUUGGUUCCUACCCUGUGACUGUGGAACACUUCAUGAACUGUACCCUCACCACACUGGCCAAGGACAUGCCCCUGGAGGAGGUAGUCAAGGCUGUGACCUCCACAGAUGUGGCUCAGUACCCCUUGGUGGAAACCAGAGAGUCUCAGACCCUGGUGGGCAUUGUGGAAAGGACUCACUUGGUGCAAGCCCUCCAGACUGAGCCAGCUUCCUGGGCCCCAGGCCAACAGCGCCUUCUCCAGGACAUCUUGGCUAGUGGCUGCCCCACACAGCCAGUGACCCUGCAAUUGUCCCCAGAGACCUCCCUGUAUCAGACACACAGCCUCUUUGAGCUGCUGACCCUUCAGACGCUGUUCGUGACAUCACGGGGCAGAGCUGUGGGCUCUGUGACCUGGGUAGAGCUGAAGAAAGCGAUUUCCACCUUGAUCAACCCACCAGCCCCCAAGUGAGCCAACCUGGGGAUUGGAAAAAGGACCCGGCUGCCUGCUUCCUGAGGCGGCUGCACAAAGCCCCACCCCUCUUCUCUCCCUACCCCACCCCUCCAGCCCAGCUCAGGCCCUCAGUGCAGCAGGCAGCUAGCUUUACCAGCCUGAACAGGGCUCCACAUUCAUUAUGCCCCCCCCCCCCCCCGAGGGGACAAAGGAAAGAAAAAAUUCUCACCCUGGUGGAUGUGCCUUCUGAGAUUAUCUAUUCCCCAGCAGUAACUCCUGAGAAAAAUAAAGCUGAGGCCCAGAGCCACGGUUCACUCCUGUUAUCCCUCCCUCAAGAGUAUGCAUUUGGCCCCUUGGGUUCUAGUGUUGGCCUAGGUUAAGCUUUUGGGGCAUCUGGUGCCCACAAGGGCAUCGUAGGCUGGGCCUGGGGCUCUUCAGCUUCCACACCUUAGCAGGGAGGUGGAGGGAAGAGAAGGUCCCUACUAGGUCUUAUGACACUUGGCCUCACGUAUAACAGGACCUUGGGGGUGAGGUUCUGCCUUCCAGACUCAGUUUCCCUGGCUGUGGUUCCGCUGGUAAAGUGGGGUCUCUGGGUGUGGCUUUUGGGGGACAAGAAGACACCCUGGGCCUCCUCCUUUGAGGCC